GUAUGGCAAUAUAUGGAAUUCUAGUUUCCCUUUUUAUAACAACUUACAGUACCAAGAAUACAAGCAUUUCGAAUCAGACGACUUGUAAGAGGCCUAUCUAUUAAGAUGUCGAAAGGAGUUGAAGGUGCUGAUGAAUUUACAAGGGGACUGCAGUUGAAUGGUGGCACAAUUCUUGGAAUGGUUAUGAAAACUGCUAUUGAACUUGGUUUAUUCGAGAUCAUAGCUAAGGCUUCUACUGUAAAUGGUAUCUCUCCUUUUGGAGAUGAUGCUAAGAAAUUGUGCAGUGAUGAUAUUGUAGCUCAACUUCCUACUCAGAAUCCUGCAGCUCCGGCAGUGCUUGGCAGAAUUCUCCGGUUUUUGGCUGCCAAGUCCAUUCUUAACUGGACCACAGUAGCCGGAGAAGAUGGCAAAGAGAAGAGUCUGUUUAGUUUAACAAGUACGUGCAAAUAUUACAUUUCUGACGAAGAUGGAAUUUCACUAGCUCCCGCAUUGGUUAUGCUUCACGACAAAGUUAUCAUUGAUUCCUGGUAUCAGUUGAAAGAUGCAGUGCUGGAGGGAGGAAUACCCUUUAACAAGGCUCACGAUGGCAUGCAUGCAUUUGAAUACCCUGCAGUCGACAGCAGAUUCAAUGAUCUUUUCAAUCAAGGAAUGUAUAACCACACCACUCUUCUCAUGAAGAAAAUUCUUGAGGUUUACACUGGAUUCGAAGACAUCAAAGAAAUUGUAGACGUCGGUGGUGGAACAGGGGCAACACUAGCCAGAAUCAUAUCCAAGUAUCCCCUGAUUAGGGGAAUCAACUUUGAUUUACCUCAUGUUAUCAAGAAUGCCGCACCUUUAGCUGGUGUGGAGCAUGUUGGAGGAGAUAUGUUUGAAAGUGUCCCAAAAGGAGAAGUCAUCUUCAUGAAGUGGAUACUUCAUGACUGGAGCGAUGAUCACUGCCUUAAACUUUUAAAGAACUGCUGCAAGUCCCUUCCUGAACUUGGCAAGGUGAUCAUCGUGGAAUCAGUAGUGCCUGAAUACUCGGACACCAGUUCUUUGGCGAGAUUGAACAAUGCAGUUGAUAGUGAUAUGAUCAUGCUGGCAUUGAAUCCCGGAGGAAAAGAGAGGAGCUUAAGAGAAUUUGAGGAAUUGGCAAAAGAAUCUGGAUUUGCAGCUGUAAAAACAAUUUGCAGCGCCUCUGUUUAUAGUGUUCUGGAAUUUUCCAAGAAAACUAUGUAGAUGAAUUGCAGCAUUCUUGUAACGUUAUAUUUAUGCUUUCAAGUUUCAAGUAUUUGAACAUUAUUGGAGUGUUUCCAUGAUUUGUUUGAUUGGCAUGUUUCCAUGUAAACGUAUGAGUUGUUACUAUUUCUUCCGAAAUUUCUCAUUAGAAAUACAUUGUAUUGCUUUGCUGGUUA